AUGCCUAAAUUCUUUUGCGACUACUGCGACGUCUACCUGACGCACGACUCCAUGAGCGUGCGCAAAGCCCACAACUCGGGUCGCAACCAUCUCCGAAACGUCGUCGACUACUACCAACAAAUCGGCCACGAAAAGGCCCAGUCCGUCAUCGACAGCAUCACCUCGUCCUACGCCGCCGAGGGCCAGGCCCACGCCAACCCCAUGCUCCCGCAGAACCAGCCCGGCGCGCACCACGGCUUCCACCACCCUCCGCCGUUUCCCUUUCCCGGAGGCGCGCCCCCGGGCGCGGCUGGCGGGCUGCCGCCGUUUCCUGGCAUGCCUGGUGGUCCUCCUGGCGGUUUCCCAUCUGGUCUUCCUCCUCCCCCUGGUGGUCGCGGCGUUCCUGGUAUGCCGCCGUUCCCUCCAGGUCCCAACGGCCUGCCCAUGCCUCCCCCGGGAUCGCUACCUUUUCCCCCGCCUGGCGGCCUGCCGUUUCCGCCUCCUGGAGGGCUGCCGCCCAACUUUCAGUUCCCGCCGCCCGGUGGUGCGCCGCCGCCCGGGUUCCCUGGUGGCGGGCCUCCUGGCCAGGAUCCUCGUCGGUAG